AUGGUCUCCUCACUCAAAGCUCUAUCUAAAUUUGCCGCAUACUGCGCUCUCCUGUCUUUUGUAUCGGCCCACCAGAACCUCCACGAAUUCUACGUCAACGGCGUCACAGUCGGCUACGAAAAAUGCAUGCGGAGGCCACCCAGCAACAACCCAGUCACCGAUGUCCAAAGCACCGAUAUUAGAUGCAAUGUAAACGGUCUGUCAGCCAGCGGGACAAACCCGGUUCCUGAAGUGUGUGCUGUUAAUGCUGGUGAUGAGAUUACCGUUAUUUGGGACACAAGUAGUCAUCCGGGCCCAAUCCAGCACUUUCUCUAUGGACCUAUUAGUGACGCCCUCACUGCUGAUGGAUCUGGAGCUAAAUGGUCCAAAAUCGAUGUUCUGAACGUCCAAGACGGCAAGAUGGCGAAUGUCAUCAUGAUGGAGAACGGCGGGAAAUACACGUUUAAGCUUCCGGAAAACCUUACAAGCGGGGAAUAUCUCCUGAGAUCAGAGAUGUUGGCGCUACAUGGAGCCGGGGUUAUUGGGGGUGGCCAGUUCUAUAUCGGGUGUAUGCAGCUCAAGAUCACAGGUCCCGGCGGUGACUGCUCACCGAAAUUCAGCCUUCCAGGAAUCUACGAUGCGUCACAACCCGAAAUCUAUAUCCCAGAUGUCUAUAACGGCUUCAACACCCUGACCUACACCGCCCCCGGCGGGCCAGUCGCAACAUGUACCGCCGGCUCCGGAUCAGGCAGCACCCCGGCCUCGACAACCGUCUCGGCGUCAACCACGCGCAUGACUACCGCAGCGUCUAGCUCUAUCACGCCGUCAAGCACAACGGCAACUUCUGCCGCUGCGUCGGCUACUAGUGCGGUGGUUGCUAAGUACGGGCAGUGCGGUGGAGCAGGCUUCACUGGGUCUACGAACUGUGCGUCGGGGAGUACGUGUCAGAAAGUUAAUGAUUAUUACUCGCAGUGUCUGUAG